GUGUCGCUUAUCCAAGAUCUGGCCUAUCUUCUGUGUGUCUUUAUCAACGUCGGAUUUGUGAUUUUUUCUCCAUAAACCACCACCACCACCACCGUCUACUUCUGCCCCUAUCGCCGCCGCUUCCGCCACCACCAACGCCUUCUUCUCCACUUUCGGUUUUUCUAAACCGAUCGGCUCUGCACUGCGACUUAGAUCGAUCUACAGCGAUGGGGUUUCUACUUACAACCCUCGUUUUCGUUGUUAUCGGAAUCGUCGCGUCACUUUGCGCUCGAAUCUGUUGCAACAAAGGGCCUUCUGCUAAUCUGUUACACCUCACAUUGGUGAUCACUGCGACAGUAUGCUGUUGGAUGAUGUGGGCUAUCGUUUAUCUUGCCCAGAUGAAUCCUCUCAUCGUCCCGAUUUUGAGCGAGAGUGAAUGAGGUAUCUUUUUGUGAAAAAUAAUGUAUUUAUUCUGUCUGUUCUUAAUAUCUUUGAAUUAAGGAUUGAAAGAAAUACCGGAGAUCGAUAAGCACUUUAUUCCUGAGAUAAAUUUGGCGUAAAAUCUGUGUUUAUUAUUUGAUUUCAAUCGACAGAAGGUUUCUGUAAUCGAAUAAGUGCCAUCAAUAUUGCAAGUCAAGGUCUUUUCGGUCACAGUCUGUCCGCAUCUUGGGCAGUCUGCAAAAAUAAGGUCUGUAUACAUCUUAUUUUUCGACUUAUAUUGUUUGAUUUGGUUUAGAAAA